AUGCCCCGACGAGACAUGGCCGACGCCCCUUCGCAGCAAGAUGAAGACUGCGACCCCGCCACCACUGUCCCGUCGAGCUCGAACCUCUUCGACAACGGCGCCCAAGAAGAUUCUCAUGACCUUCCCCAGUCCUCAGUGAACCCGGCGCAUCGCCCAGCGCAACGACUUCACCCAAGACGAGCCGUCACCGAUCCGAUGGGUAGCAAGCGCACCCUCGACGGCGGCUAUGUCCGCUUCUCGGACGACCUGCCUCGCGACUUUGUGCGCGGCUUCGACCCGGAUGAGUCCCACCCGAAUAUGAGCAACCCGGGACUCUACACGAUCCCCUCUAGAGGUAACCUGGAAGGCCAUCUCCCGCCCGAGCCGUCCUCCUCGCGGCGCGCCCGCCCAAACAGCGACCAGAGCUUCGCCCAGCCCUCGGAUACUGAUCUCAAGUAUCCCGUCUACCGCCCAGAACCCACUAAAAGGACGAAAUGGCGUGUUGCUAAGGAGUUGAUGAGCGACCAGCUCAAAAAGGCUUAUAAUGUCUACAUCGUCCAGGGGCUGUUGCGCCAGAAACCCCUGCCCCCCAGCGCAGACGGACGACACAUCCCGCUUGACUUGUCGAGGAAGCGAAGCGACGUCCUCGUUGAUGAGCGCACCAAGAAACCGUAUGCAAGCAACUUCAUCCGAUCUAGCCGAUACACGAUAUGGAGCUUCUUGCCGAAGCAGCUCCUGUUUCAGUUCAGCAAGAUGGGCAACUUUUACUUCCUCCUCAUCGGUAUCAUCCAAGCCAUACCGGGUCUCAGCACCACGGGACAGUGGACAACGAUUGCGCCUCUCGCCGUCUUCGUGUUCUUGUCGAUGGCCAAGGAAGGCUACGAUGACUACCGUCGCUAUCUUUUGGCCAAAACAGAAAAUCUGAGCCGUACCUGGGUUCUGGGAGAACGGUCGAAAAAGGCGAUGGCGAGGAUGAAGAGCCGUAAGGGACUCGAAAUGGCCGAGGCUUCGGUGGACGGGUGGACCGAGAUUGAAUGGCAAGACCUAAAGGUCGGUGAUGUGGUCAGGCUUCGCCGCGACGAUGACGUUCCGGCCGACAUUGUCCUGCUGCAUGCAACCGGACCGAACGGCACGGCCUACAUCGAGACCAUGGCUUUGGACGGAGAGACGAAUCUCAAAGCGAAGAGGGCAUCCCCAAUCCUGGCCGAAAGAUGUCAGACUGUGGAGGGAAUCAAGUCUUGCCAGGCGACCAUUGUUUCCGAGGACCCCAAUAUGGAUCUCUACAGGUAUGACGGCCGUGUGACCGUCAAGGAAGAGACGCUGCCGUUGUCACUCGACAACGUCAUUUAUCGCGGUUCCACCGUCCGAAACACCACGGAAGUGAUCGGUAUCGUCGUCAACUCGGGCGAGGAGUGCAAGAUCAGGAUGAAUUCCCAUAAACACGUGCGCACCAAGGCGCCAGCCAUGCAGCGCGUUCUCAACAGAAUUGUCAUCUGGCUCAUCUUCGUGCUCCUUGCGCUGAGCAGCGGACUGACGUUGGGCUACUAUCUCUGGAGCGACCCUACCGAGGCGGCGUCCUGGUAUCUCAUGGGCGACAGCAUCAGCAUGAGAAAGAUAUUCAUCGCCUUCAUCCUGAUGUUCAAUACCCUGAUCCCGCUAUCUCUGUAUAUCAGCUUGGAGAUUAUCAAGAUCAUCCAGUUCUACAUGAUGGGAGAUGUCGAAAUGUAUGAUCCUGUCACCAACACACCGAUGGUUGCCAACACUACAACUAUCUUGGAGGACCUUGGCCAGGUCAACUACGUCUUCUCUGAUAAGACGGGUACUUUGACCGAAAACGUGAUGCGCUUCCGAAAGAUGAGUGUUGCCGGUACUGCCUGGCUGCACGACAUGGAUAUCGAACGAGACGAGCACGCCAAGCAGAAGCUUAUCGAGAUGGCCCGAAAGAAGCGUAAGGGAAAGGGGAAGGAUAAGAAACGCGGCAAGACGACAACCGACAACGAGCAUGGCUCGUCUCAGCUACAGCCAGCCCAGGGACGUCCGUCUACCAGUUCCUAUGGCCGAGGGCAAUCCGCCAGCAAGGCCCCUCGUGAUGAGCCUGAGCUGAAGACCGAGGAUCUACUCGACUACCUGCGACGCAAGCCGGAUACCGCGUUCUCCAAGAAGGCCAAGCAGUUCCUGCUCUGCAUCGCUCUCUGCCACACCUGCCUACCCGAGGCCAAAGAAGACGGCAAAAUCGAUUACCAAGCUGCGUCCCCUGACGAGUUGGCCUUGGUCGAAGCAGCGCGUGACCUGGGAUACCUCCUCAUCGAUCGACCCGCACAAUCGGUUGUUUUGCAGCUGCCAGAAGCCGACGGUACCAUCAAGAGGGAAACGUACCAGGUCCUCGACGUGAUCGAGUUUAGCAGCCAGAGAAAGAGGAUGUCCAUUAUCAUUCGUAUGCCUGAUGGUAAAGUCUGCGUCUUCUGUAAAGGCGCCGACAACGUCAUUCUGCCUCGUCUUAAGCUCGGUACCCUAGCCACGCAAAAAGCCAACGAAGUCAAUCGGAGAGCUUCAGUCCGCAGAAGCGUCGAAAAGGACAAGGCUCAGCAGCAACGCCUGAGCACCGGCGGCACACCUCGCAACAGCUUCAUGAUCGGGAGAACGUCAGUGUCGGACCGACGCAGCAUGAUGAACCAGAGGAUCUCGGGGGACAUUUACAGACGUUCGAGUGUCGUCAAUGAGGAUCCUGAAGCCUGGUCCCCACGUAGAGGGUCGGCAGAUAUCCUCUCACCCAUGGGAGCCCACGACAUGUGGUCAUCCCCCCGUCACAGCACGGCAAUGUCGGCGAGUGAAGCCGAGGUCGACGAGCUCAUUGACGAGACUAUCGCGCUGAAUGAGGGCGCAGUGUUCGAGCGGUGCUUUCAGCAUCUCAAUGACUUUGCCUCUGACGGUCUGCGGACUUUGCUCUACGGUUACAGAUACAUCAGCGAGGAUGAGUACAGCUCUUGGAGGAAAAUUUACCAAGGUGCCACUACCAGUCUAGACAACCGACAAGAGAAGAUCGAGGCCGCCGGUGAGUUGAUCGAGGAUAAAUUCGAUCUUGCCGGGGCCACAGCUAUCGAGGAUCGCCUGCAAGAGGGGGUGCCAGACACCAUUGAUAAGCUUCGUCGUGCCGAAAUCAAGGUCUGGAUGUUGACGGGAGAUAAGCGCGAGACCGCCAUCAAUAUCGGACACUCUGCCGGACUGUGCAAACCGUUUUCGGACGUCUUUGUUCUGGACGUCACGAUGGGCAACUUGCAAGACUCUAUCCUGUCGACCCUGGGCGAGGUUUCGCGUGGUAUGGCCCUUCACUCUGUGGUCGUGGUCGAUGGCCAGACUUUGAGCGUUAUUGAAGGGGACGAGGACCUCAGUUUCCUCUUUUUCGAUCUCAUGGUGAGAGUCGACUCGGUCAUUUGUUGCCGUGCCUCUCCAUCACAAAAAGCCUCUCUUGUGAAGCGCAUCCGUCGACAGGUGCCACAUUCCCUGACCUUGGCUAUUGGAGACGGAGCCAACGACAUCGGCAUGAUCCAAGCUUCUCAUGUCGGUAUCGGCAUUUCGGGUCGAGAGGGUCUGCAGGCUGCUCGUAUUUCCGACUACGCCAUCGCACAGUUCCGCUUCCUGCAGCGUCUCCUGUUCGUUCACGGACGCUGGAACUACCUGCGAACUGGCAAAUACAUCCUCGCCACCUUUUGGAAAGAGAUCGUUUUUUUCCUGCCGCAAGCCUACUUUCAACGAUACACGGGAUACACCGGAACAUCUCUGUACGAAAACUGGAGUUUGACGGUGUUCAACACGUUCUUCACUUCAUUGGCGGUCAUCCUGCUCGGUGGGUUGGAGAAGGACCUGCAGCCAGAGACGCUCCUCCGGUUCCCCGAGCUGUACACAUACGGCCACAAAAACAGAGCUUUCAAUGUCAAGCUUUACGUCGGCUGGACAUUCCUUGGCCUGGUUGAAUCGUUGAUCAUUUUUUGGGUGACUUGGGCUGUCUACAACUCUCUGCCGUUCGACCAGGACACGUCGCUCUACGCGAUGGGCAGCGUUCCCUUUACCGUCUGUGUAGUGUUCAUCAACAUCAAGCUGAUGGUCCUGGAGAUAGAGAACAAGAACGUGAUCAUCUUGAUCGGGUUUCUCAUCUCAGUUGGAGGCUGGUUUCUCUGGAAUAUCAUAAUCUCAGCCUCUUUCAAGAAUAUCUUGCGCAUAUACCAAAUUCGCCACGCUUUCCUGCAGAAUUUUGGUCAAACACUAAGCUUUUGGACCACGAUGCUUCUCGCGCUUGCGGCUGUCAUCUGUCUCGAGCUAGUCGUCAACGCCAUACGCCGCAUCUACUGGCCCUACGAUGUGGACCUGAUGCAGCGUCUGGAGAGAAGGGGAUUUGAUGAAAGCGAUAGGGAGGCCGGACACGGGCACGCUUCGGGAACGAUAUCAGAAGUCAUGGGAAGCAAGACCAAGUCGGCCGCUGGCCAAGAGGAGGAGGUGCGGCUGUCUAACUUGGAUGGGGCACCUAGAUUGAGCCAUGCCAGAAACCGACCGUCGUUCCAUCAGACACGGCAUUCGAGAAUGUCGAGGGAGGAACAUGCUCCCAGGCUCUUUACGCCCCCGGUUGAGGAGGUCAAUGGAAAUCUGGAGGCGGAGCAGGAUGAGCAGAAGCCACCCAAGAAACCACGGCUUUCUCUGGCAACAAAGUGGCUGGGUAGCGUCAAGGACACCCGUACGGAUGUGCCAAUUGAGUUACAGUCUGCAAAGUGA